AUGUCACUGUUACUCCUCUGUGAGCGAGCCUUCCCAGGGCGGCCGCCGACCCCCAGUCGCUCCCGUAUCUCUGUCGACCCGCUGCACGUCGCUGCUACUCCUCUUUGUGCGAGCCUUCCCAGGGCGGCCGCCGACCCCCAGUUGCUCCCGUAUCUCUGUCGACCCGCUGCACGUCGCUGCUACUCCUCUGUGAGCGAGCCUUCCCAGGGCGGCCGCCGACCCCCAGUUGCUCCCGUAUCUCUGUCGACCCGCUGCACGUCGCUGCUACUCCUCUGUCUGCGAGCCUUCCCAGGGCGGCCGCCGACCCCCAGUUGCUCCCGUAUCUCUGUCGACCCGCUGCACGUCACUGCUACUCCUCUGUGUGCGAGCCUUCUCAGGGCGGCCGCUGACCCCCAGUCGCUCCCGUAUCUGUGUCGACCUGCUGCACGUCGCUGCUACUCCUCUGUGAGCGAGCCUUCCCAGGGCGGCCGCCGACCCCCAGUUGCUCCCGUAUCUCUGUCGACCCGCUGCAUGUCACUGUUACUCCUCUGUGAGCGAGCCUUCCCAGGGCGGCCGCCGACCCCCAGUCGCUCCCGUAUCUCUGUCGACCUGCUGCACGUCGCUGCUACUCCUCUGGCGGCCGCCGACCCCCAGUUGCUCCCGUAUCUCUGUCGACCCGCUGCAUGUCACUGUUACUCCUCUGUGAGCGAGCCUUCCCAGGGCGGCCGCCGACCCCCAGUUGCUCCCGUAUCUCUGUCGACCCGCUGCAUGUCACUGUUACUCCUCUGUGAGCGAGCCUUCCCAGGGCGGCCGCCGACCCCCAGUCGCUCCCGUAUCUGUGUCGACCUGCUGCACGUCGCUGCUACUCCUCUGGCGGCCGCCGACCCCCAGUCGCUCCCGUAUCUCUGUCGACCUGCUGCACGUCGCUGCUACUCCUCUGUGAGCGAGCCUUCCCAGGGCGGCCGCCGACCCCAGUCGCUCCCGUAUCUCUGUCGACCUGCUGCACGUCGCUGCUACUCCUCUGUGAACGAGCCUUCCCAGGGCGGCCGCCGACCCCCAGUUGCUCCCGUAUCUCUGUCGACCCGCUGCACGUCGCUGCUACUCCUCUGUGAGCGAGCCUUCCCAGGGCGGCCGCCGACCCCCAGUUGCUCCCGUAUCUCUGUCGACCCGCUGCACGUCGCUGCUACUCCUCUGUGUGCGAGCCUUCUCAGGGCGGCCGCUGACCCCCAGUCGCUCCCGUAUCUCUGUCGACCUGCUGCACGUCGCUGCUACUCCUCUGUGAGCGAGCCUUCCCAGGGCGGCCGCCGACCCCCAGUCGCUCCCGUAUCUGUGUUGACCCACUGCACAUCGCCGCUACUCCUCUGUGUGCAAGACUUCCAAGGGGAGCCGCUGACCCCCAGUCGCUCCCGUAUCUCUGUCGACCCGCUGCACGUCGCUGCUACUCCUCUGUGUGCGAGCCUUCCCAGGGCGGCCGCCGACCCCCAGUCGCUCCCGUAUCUCUGUCGACCUGCUGCACGUCGCUGCUACUCCUCUGUGAGCGAGCCUUCCCAGGGCGGCCGCCGACCCCCAGUUGCUCCCGUAUCUCUGUCGACCUGCUGCACGUCGCUGCUACUCCUCUGUGUGCGAGCCUUCCCAGGGCGGCCGCCGACCCCCAGUCGCUCCCGUAUCUCUGUCGACCUGCUGCACGUCGCUGCUACUCCUCUGGCGGCCGCCGACCCCCAGUUGCUCCCGUAUCUCUGUCGACCUGCUGCACGUCGCUGCUACUCCUCUGUGAGCGAGCCUUCCCAGGGCGGCCGCCGACCCCCAGUUGCUCCCGUAUCUCUGUCGACCCGCUGCACGUCGCUGCUACUCCUCUGUGUGCGAGCCUUCUCAGGGCGGCCGCCGACCCGCAGUCGCUCCCGUAUCUGUGUCGACCUGCUGCACGUCGUUGCUACUCCUCUGGCGGCCGCCGACCCCCAGUUGCUCCCGUAUCUCUGUCGACCCGCUGCACGUCGCUGCUACUCCUCUGUGUGCGAGCCUUCUCAGGGCGGCCGCCGACCCCCAGUCGCUCCCGUAUCUGUGUCGACCUGCUGCACGUCGCUGCUACUCCUCUGUGAGCGAGCCUUCCCAGGGCGGCCGCUGACCCCCAGUCGCUCCCGUAUCUCUGUCGACCUGCUGCACGUCGCUGCUACUCCUCUGGCGGCCGCCGACCCCCAGUCGCUCCCGUAUCUCUGUCGACCUGCUGCACGUCGCUGCUUCUCCUCUGUGAGCGAGCCUUCCCAGGGCGGCCGCCGACCCCCAGUUGCUCCCGUAUCUCUGUCGACCCGCUGCACGUCGCUGCUACUCCUCUGUGUGCGAGCCUUCUCAGGGCGGCCGCCGACCCCCAGUCGCUCCCGUAUCUGUGUCGACCUGCUGCACGUCGCUGCUACUCCUCUCGAGCCUUCCCAGGGCGGCCGCCGACCCCCAGUCGCUCCCGUAUCUGUGUCGACGCUGCACGUCGCUGCUACUCCUCUGUGUGCGAGCCUUCUCAGGGCGGCCGCCGACCCCCAGUCGCUCCCGUAUCUGUGUCGACCUGCUGCACGUCGCUGCUACUCCUCUGUGAGCGAGCCUUCCCAGGGCGGCCGCCGACCCCCAGUUGCUCCCGGCGGCCGCCGACCCCCAGUCGCUCCCGUAUCUGUGUUGACCCACUGCACGUCGCCGCUACUCCUCUGUGUGCAAGACUUCCAAGGGGAGCCGCUGACCCCCAGUCGCUCCCGUAUCUCUGUCGACCCGCUGCACGUCGCUGCUACUCCUCUGUGUGCGAGCCUUCUCAGGGCGGCCGCCGACCCCCAGUCGCUCCCGUAUCUGUGUCGACCUGCUGCACGUCGCUGCUACUCCUCUGUGAGCGAGCCUUCCCAGGGCGGCCGCCGACCCCCAGUUGCUCCCGUAUCUCUGUCGACCCGCUGCAUGUCACUGUUACUCCUCUGUGUGCGAGUCUUCCCAGGGCGGCCGCCGACCCCCAGUCGCUCCCGUAUCUGUGUUGACCCACUGCACGUCGCCGCUACUCCUCUGUGUGCAAGACUUCCAAGGGGAGCCGCUGACCCCCAGUCGCUCCCGUAUCUGUGUCGACCCGCUGCACGUCGCUGCUACUCCUCUGUGUGCGAGCCUUCUCAGGGCGGCCGCUGA